AUGCUUAUCUCUAUAGACUUUUCUGGGGAGUUCUCGUACUGGAACUUUUCUAUGCGAGUCAAAAGCCAUAUUGAAAGCCAGAUAAAAGAGCCAGGGACACGCGAUACUGACCCGACGUCGAAUUUCCCACGCGCACGGCAAUUGCGCUCGGCGAACAAUCAUCUAUCCACGGCAAUCUCCGCAUGCCCUCCUCGUCAUAUUGCGGGUUUCCUAGUCAAGACGUUCUUUAAAUACGCAGAGACUCAUUACUUCUUUGUCGACGAAGGCUGGCUUCAAGAGCGUCUCGACUUGCUAUAUAACGACCCACACAACUUUGCUCAACAAGGGAAUGAAGUGACGACAAGCAUUCUCCUAACGGUCUUUGCGAUCGGCACACAAUAUGCACAUCUUGAAUCCCUCCGCCAAGACUCGGACAGGGGUUCGAGAUCCACAUUCUCUGAAGAUGACGUGGGGGCGGCGUUCUACCAGCAGGCGAUACGUUUGCUGCCUGAGAUCAUUGAGAUCUCUUCCCUGGAGAGUGUCCAGGCCUGUUUAUUAUUUGGAUACUAUGCGUUACCUGUCGAUGCAUCUGGUCUAGGGUUCAUUUAUAUCAAUCUGGCCAUGCGUCUUGGAAUGCAAAAUGGCAUGCAUCGAAAGUGCAAGAAUGAAGCUUUUACGGGGGCUCUGAUCGAGGCUCGCAAUCGCGUUUGGUGGACGGCUUAUGUACUUGAGAGGUUUGCACGGUCACAAACUCUGUUCUUUCUGCACAUCAGCUUACAUCUCUCAAGGAAAAUAUCCAUCUUUCAUGGCCGACCACUGUCUGUAAUGAGGUCAGAUGUCGAUGCGAACAUUCCCCUUCACCGAGGGCUGAACAUUGAAGAUCAUCCUGGGAACAUCACAAGAUGUUCCAUCUCAGUUCAGUUGGUUCACUUCCUGGAGGACCUCUUUCAUGACAUCAAUCUUCUACGAAACUGUCACAAAGACGAAGCAUCGAGAAUCGUUGCACGUUUAGUCACUCGGAAGGGAGCCUUGACCAAUUGGUGGAGCUCUCUUCCAAAGGAUGUUCUGGAUAUCGAUACGCAAGAACCAAAGCAGGUGCGCUCAGUCAUGCACCUACGACUCGAUUAUUGUCUAGUUCGAAUGUUCGUCGGAAGACCAUUCUUACUCAAAAAGGACAAAUCAGCCUCCAACGCUAGCUCUCCUGCCCAUUCAGAUCCCAUCGGCGAGCUCAACUCUCGGGCCAGUGAUCGAGGACAGAUAUCUGGUCGCGGUGAUCUGAUCGAUACCUGUGUUGAAGCAGCAACUGAGGCCUUGGGAAUAUGCCAGCAUUUACGAGAUAGCGGUAUUGGUCUGGCACGAGCUUCCUAUAUCGAGUAUAGCUCGUGUCGGGCAUCCUUGCUGGUCCUGAUAGCUUACUCGAUACAGAAUUUCUCCGAGAAGUUCCGCAAGCCUCUCUGUGGUGGUCUGGAUAUGAUCCGAGAAAUGUCGGCUGCUGGAGAAUCGGCAAGAUCUGAAGUUUCAUUGAUAGAGUCGCUCGAGCGUGCACUUGCGCGCUUGCACGCUGGGCUACAGACUCCUCGCCCCGAAAGCACCCAGAGCCUGCCUGUCUCUGAUUAUGAAGCUUUCAGAAACUGGGGCUCUCACAUUACAGGGAUCAAUGCUGAUCUCUCACGGAGGAAUUCCAAUAUCCAAAGUGGUCAGCAUGAAACCUUGGAAUUUUCGUCUCAACAGCAACACUCUUUGGCUGCUCAUCACAGUGGGUUGGGUAACAAUAAUAUGGACGUUCUGGAUAAUUUUGAUCCGCUGGUUGAGAUGUCCAUUUUUGGUGCCGAAAAUGUGUCUCCGUCUGCUGCUUGGCCCACCUACACCGAAGCCCAAGUGCUGGAGCAUUUCAUCACAAACCCUCAAUAUGUAACAGAUUGA